AAAGUCUGUUAUCUAUUUUCGGGAUAUUUUCUUUCUUUUUUGGGGAUCAAGGAGUACAGAAAAAAGUGUAUAUUCCAAAAAAAAAAAAAAAACACUUUCUUGUGCUUCUUUUUUUUUGGGGGUAUCUCUUCCAUUCACCACAAAACACAACGAACACCAAACACAACUUGACUCGCAAAAUGGAUUAAAAUUUUUCGUUUCGGUUUCGGUUAUUCUUUGGUAUGUGUUGUCUCCUCUUGGCUUUGAUCCAUCAUCAAGGAGCAACGAGGUUGAAGCUUUUAUUUGUUUUAUCAUAGUUGUUUUUUUUUUUGUUGGUUCGUAUCUCUCUUCUUGACCUUUUUCAAAGUGUUUUUUAUUUUUUCCACCCAAAGUAUAGAGAGGCACACAUAAUAAAUUCGCUCCUCGUUGUCGUGGUAUUCACACAUUCGUCCCGAGGAUACAAAGCUUCGAAAUGUAAACAUCCUGUUUUUUUUUUGUUAAGAAUAAUUAAAAAGCCUCAUCUGGUGGUUAUGGGUGUUUUUUUUUUGUAUUUGUUGUUGUUAGAGGCAUUUUUUGUUUUAUGUGUCAAUCAAAAAAUAAAUAAAAUAAUAAAUUGCAAUGUCUGAGUGCGAAUAAUUGCCCAUUAAAAAAAGGAUAUGAAAUAUUCUAUCGUCUCUUUAUGCCAUUUAAGCACAAAGAAAGAAGGAAGAACAACCUAACAAGAGUUGCGACAAGGAGUAGUACUUCAAAACUCGUGUUUUUUGAGUGAUAAUUAAAAAAGAAAAGAGGUGCUUUGUCAAACCGGGCGGGAAAGUCGUCUACCUAAACCGUUUAUCAAUGUAAAAUAUGUUUUUUUUGUAUUUGGUUUUAGUAUUUAAAUACAAAAUUAGUGUCAAUGGUGGUUGAGUGGAAAGAAAAGUAGUGAAAGAAAAAAAAAAAAACGAUCCUUUUUAAGGAGAGUGAAGGAGAGGAGGAGCAGUCAGUCACUGCCGCAGCCAGCACUUUACCUGUUAAUGUAGUUUUUCUAUUCUCCUCGUGACAUACUCAAGUGAGUAGUGCCUGCUGUUGAGCCAAAUGAGUAUCUGAGGAAAGAAGUUUUUUUUUUUUUCUUUAAAUUUCCUUCUGUGAAUUAAAAGAAAAUAGAAAAAAAAAAAAUUAUAGUGAACAAGUUUUGUUUCAAAGUGUUCCCUUCUCUAGCUUGAGCACUUACUACCUUCUACUACACCAAACCUAUGGUUUUUUCCUUAUACAGUUUGUUGGUGUUUUUUGUUUUGUAUGCUCUUGAGUAACUGUUGAAGUAAUUUUUGAGUGAAAGAAAAUUUAGUUUAGAAUUUUCUGCUGUGAAUUACGAGAAAUAAAAGUGAGAAGCCCCCUUCAACCUACCCCAAUACAGUCAGUGUACCUGUGUGUUUGCUUGGCUUUUUAAUUUGAUAGAGAAAAAGUCUAUGAGUUUUUAGCAAAAAUAAAAGGAAACGAAGGAAGCAAAAAAAAAAAAAACAAAUAUUCACGUGUACCAACUUGAGAGAGAGGAGGAUGAUGGCUUGAAUGUUAAUUGUGGAAUAUAUCCUUCACACACACAACCACACCAUCCAAUAUUAAAUGGCUAAAAGCAAAUUUAUGGACUUGAUAAGCAUCAAUUCCUCAAUCAUCAUCGCCGCACUAAUUACUCCCUCAUUAUGCGUCACGAUUCUUUAAGCGCAAUCAAAUUAUCUUUCCUUCAUCAAGCAGCAGAGAAUCUAAUUAAAUAACCGGACUAUGACAAAACAUGUAUCAAAAUUGAAAGGCAAACAACCACAACAGACGACUCCAGCAGCAUCGGGUGCCUCCUGGACUCAUCACAACUCUGUUGGUCUAAUUUGUGUUGCAGAUAACAGAUAACAACGAAUUUCGCCAACUAACCAAAAAUAAAAGAAAAAAACUAGCAAAAAAAAAAAAAAAAACUAAAUAAAAACCCCAACACGAAAACUGAAACUGAAAGAACAGUCGAUGACGACAUCAUUAUUUCUCAUCAUCCUGUUCAUGGUGGCUCUAUUACCAGCCAACAUAAUCAAAGAAAGCCACGCAACAGCAGCAGCUGCUGCCGGCGGCAGUGCUUGGCAGUCUGUGGUGAUUCCCGAUAGUUCCAGGCUAACCAGCUCCUCUUCAUCGUUGCUUCAUCAUUCCCCAUCGGACAUUGGCCAAAGACUGAGUAGCAGUAGCCACCCUAAUGAGAGAAAUCAGCAGCAGCAACAAAACCCAUCACAACAACGACGACGCCAACGCAUCGUCAGAACACCAACUAUCAAUCAGGAAUAUUUGUCGGGUGAAUUGUUGCCACAACUGGCAUUGCCACCACCGCCGCCGCUUCUGCCAGCGACGAUACCACUGCUGCCAAAGCCAUUUGCUGAAAAACAGAACAUCCAACACAAUAAUGGCACAACACCUCUGUGCGGUGGAUACUAUCGUGCCGCAGCUGGGACCAUUCAAACGCCCAACUUCCCACACAGAUUCAAGACACCCAUCGAGUGUAUUUGGAUUAUUGAUGCGUCCGAAAUUCAUUCGCAUGCCGAACCGGGUGCCAAUGUUUCGAUAGUUGUCUACCUGACGCAAUUGUACGUUCUCGGUGGACUUAAAUUCACCGAGUAUAUGUACUAUAGUGAUGACUAUAAAGUUCCCAGUCAUCGGUUGUUUCAGCUCACCGAAGAUGAUGCAACGAAGGUGGCGUGGAUUCAGUUUACUAGUCAAUAUCUUGAGAUACGUUUCGAGAUGCAGACACUGGAUGGGACACAUUUGAGAGCGUUGGAUCGAUUGUUGGAUGUUUAUGGAUUUAAUAUAACUUAUGAAGUUGACGCGGUGGUGAAACCUUAUCAGUGUAAUGCUUUGCAGUGCCGAUUUUUGGGACAUUGUUGGGCUAAUUUUGAUUAUACUGCUUACAAUUGUUCAUGCUUUCCUGGCUUCAGUGGAUCAGAUUGUGGCCAUGGACCAUUAUGUGAUGACCCUCAUACGAAUUUCUGUCAAAAUGGAGGAACUUGCAAACACAUUGGUGAUGCUGCUAUAACGUGCCAUUGUCCCUCCGGAUUCAAAGGCAACAAAUGCGAAAUAUCCGAAAUUAAUGAGAUAACAAAGGGAUGUACAGGAAACAGUUCCGUUGAUUGUCAUAAAGAAUGUUACUUUCAAAGUGGUGCCCCGACCAUCAAAUCAUCAUCAAGGAAGAACAUAAGCAGCGAAAGAAUAGCAGCUCGAACUGGAAAAACUCGAUUUGAAGUUACAAUAAGACUUGGAACUAAUUUGACAGCAUUUUAUCGAAAUGCGGAUGCGGAAAAGAAAACAAGUGAACAUUUGCCGGGCAUUUUGGAAAGACAUAUGAGCAGAAUAUUGAGAAACUUCAAUAUUACAAGAAUCACCGACUUGGAAUUAAUAAGCAAUACUUCAGAUCGAUUGGAUAUCACAUUUCAUUUUUUUGGUGUUAAAACUGAUUCAACAAGAAUUCGUGAGGCCAUCACACGAAUGGUUGAACGUGGAAGAAUUGGAAACAUCACACUUGUUUCGAAUUUUCAUCUUUUUGAUGAAAAUCCUCCACUUAAGCUGUUGGACGUGACCAUGAACAAAAAAUCACCAAUAAGAGAAAAUAGUGAAUUUGUACUAUCAUGUGCUGCCCAAGGAUCAUCACGAAUUAAUUUUCAGUGGUAUAAGGAUGGAGCGAUUGUUAAUACAUCAAAAGCAACUAGAGAAAUUUGGACAACAGUUCUUCCACCUGAAAAUGAACAUUUUUAUACAGCAAUUCUUGGAAUUACAAAAGCUAAUCUAUUGGACGAAGGUGUUUACACUUGCAAGGUGGUAGAUUGGAGCGUUGAACAGUGCCGUUCAAUUCAUGUGCACAUUCAAACACCACCCCGUUUAAGGGUCGAUCCGGCUAGCGUGACUCUACAUCGUGGGGAUUCUUUGCGUGUCCGGUGUCUCUCGCCCGGUAACGAUAUCAAACGUUAUGGACAAUUAGGAUACAGCUGGACGCGUAAUGGUGUACUCUUUCAGUCGGAUCCGCAAACGGUGAUGUGGGAAGAUUUAUAUCCGGACGGAAGCAUUUUGAAAAUCAAUAACAUCCAGAAAUCAGCUGAAUACUCGUGUGUGGUGUCAAAUAGUGUUUCGCCAGUAUCGAAGAGUGUCUAUGUAACGGUAAUCGAUAGAAAUAUGGUUGAAUUAUGCCAUGCAGAGAUGAACAAUGGCGUCCAAUGGCCAACAACAGCACCAGGAGCAGCUAUCGUCGCUGAUUGUCCCAAAAAAUAUCAAGGCUAUUCGAGGCGUGUGUGUGAGAAGCGGGAUGUAGGCAAUACCACAUGGCUACAGCCAGAUUUCUCACAGUGUGUUGCUGAUCAAUUGCUGAAAACUUACAAUCAGUUUCAAGCUCUCACAUCGGGAUAUCAGAAGACAAAUGUUUCAGCAAUUUUAAAGUCUUGUCUGCAAUAUGUCAUCAGUAGACAUAAUGACUUUUUACUUGGGGAAGCUGGAUUUUUACUUGAUAUGCUGCAAAAUGUUGGUUCCUACUUGGAAAUAAAAGGCACUCAAUUAGAACGAGAAAUGGCAGCUGAAAUAGUUUUGCAUAUCUUAGACAAAGUGAUGCUUAAUGUUAGAUCUUUAAAUAGUCAAAAGCACAUUAAAAAGUUACAGUUCUUGACACAGUGGGCAGCACUAAGUCGUGAAACAAUUGCAGCAUCACAAUUAGCUACAUCAACAUCAUCUUCAUCGUACUCUUCAUUGUCUUCCGUUGCAACUCUACACUCGGCAUCGUCAUCAUCUUCAUCUUCAUCAUCGUCCUCGUCGUCAGGACCAGCUUUGUCUGCUCCAAAUAACAAUGGAACCAGGGGAUCAAGCACAGCAGGUAGUAGCAGUAGCAGUAGGUCUUCCUCAUAUACAUCAGCAGCAGCUUCAGCAUCAUCGUCGUCUGGGGCAGAUAAUAUAUUGUCAGCCUUGGCGGAGAACGAAGGUGCAUCUGUAAUCCUUGAUGAGGAAACAUUGUCCUUGGAUCGAUUAAGUUCACUUAGAACUUACAUGACAGCUGUUAAGACGUUGCCAUUUAAUUUAAGAAUUUACGGGGAUGACCUCUUUUCCGACCAACUUUACAUGGACAUUACUUUGUCGAAACUCCUGCUCAGCAUAAUGGCCAAUUCAACAAUAUUCGCCUCAGUGAUAUCGUACAAAAAUUUGAAAAGUUUUCUACCCAAAACUUAUUUCUCACGUGGCAGUGAUUCUAAAGAUACUGAUUAUAUUCUGGCAUCUCGAGUGGUUCAAACGUGGCUUUUUCAAUCGAAUCGUUCCAAUGACAAUACAAGAGAGCCAUUAGAUUUGCCAUUGGAUGUUGGACAUGUUGAGAUUAUCUUUCAACAUGAACCAAGAGACAUCAACAGUGAUUGGAUACCAGUUUGUGGGCACGAUUAUAAAGCAACAUUCGAGUCCACUUGGCGCACAGAACCUUGUAUAACAAAAAAUCUCAUGGCGAAUAUAACGCGAUGUAUCUGCCCAUUAUCUGGAACAUUUGUGGUGCUGCUUGCGAAAAAGACCGAAAACAUCAACAUAAUACGUUCAUCAGAUUGCCCCAUCUUUGUCAUCAUCGGAUGUGGAUGUUGUUUCCUGCAAUCCUGCACCGCCUUCAUUGUCCUAUUACCAAUUUGGUACAACAAAAAAUGUUGUGUAACAUUUCUAAAAAUGCAAUUCUGUACAUCGACAUCCAGCAUUAUGGUUAUAUUUCUACUUGGUUUUCUCAAAAUGCUUCCACAGGACUUACAGGGUAUAAUAAGUUCAACUUUAGCCUCAUUGAUGCUUCUGGGUAUCUCAACUAUAAUUGCCAUUGCUCUUGUCGUCCAUUCACAAUUGAUACCACGGAAACUUCAACUUACAAAUCUAUCGUCUGGCAUUCGUGGAGCAGUUGGCAUAAGUUGGCUUUUGCCAUUUUUAUUUGCCAUUUGUUCGCCAUUGAUAAGCAAUAUCAUUGGCAAAUGGCCAAAACAUUGGUGGCUAGAUGUCGACAGUUCGGUUUUUGUAUUGUUUGUUGUCGUUGAAAUGCUGUUGAUUGUACCAUUUGCAUUGUUGCUAUUUAUAUUAAUCAGGAAACUUUUGUGGCUUUUGCGUAAGCAUGGCAAAAAGGGUACAAUGUUAUGGGAGCGAAUUGGACUUUUAAGUCGCAGUGGGAUGAUAUUAUUUCUCAAACUUUCAACAGAUUCCCUUUUUAUUAUUUAUCUCAACACAAAGGAAAAUUCAAUUUUGAGUUAUGUCCUUGGAGUUUCCUGCACAUUACUGGGUUUCUCAGUACUCUUCUGCUUUGUUAUAAAAGCCGAACAAAGUCUUCGAUCGGCAUUACCUAGCCCUUCUAGCAAAUGUAGUGCCAAUCUCCAAGGGACCUACUGUUCUGGCUCCAUAAACAGUCCACUUAGUUUUUAUACAAAUUACGAGAAAGAAAAAGACAAUGAAAGUGGUGCAUCGUUGCAACAACACUCACCGCCAGAUGCAUCGGUUACACAACUGCCACUAACAACUAUUUCGACAGCGCCAAGAUGCCAGAUGGUAGCCGGAUUGCGGCCAGCUAAAACCGUCGAAACCUUCCUUGGCAUGGUGGUGGUAAGGCCCAAUGAAGUGGGUGGCAAUGCCGGUGGAGGUUGUCUUCCUAUGGGAGGCUACAGUGAUAAAAAGACUAAGCUACACGAAGUAGAACAAUACCAUACGCUGACAAAUGUCGCCAAACGGGAUCCAAGUGAUAUAAAAGGCGGUGAUGAUGUCAGCAACAAAAGCCUCAGUAGCACUGACAGUAAUAUAAAAUCACGUUGCUGUAAUAUACUUUUGGGGGUUAGUGGUGGUGGAGGUGGGAGUAAUAGUGGCGGUGGUGGAAAUGGUUGCAGAACAGAACAGAAUUCUGAAAACGAAACAUUUUCCUGGCAGCGAAGGCCACAGCAUGAAGUCACAACCUGGGACUUGUAUAGUGCAUAUACACCGACUGCAACCAAGAAGGGGGUCCGUCCCCAUCAAUACCAUCAACAGCAGCAGCAGCAGCAUCAUCAUCCACAGCAUCAACAUCAACAUGCACAUCAACAUGGAAUGAGCAGUUUGCACGCAGAGCAAAUUAAAGAGUAUGCCCGGCCAGAAAGUCCUGACUUUGUUGCUGUGAAGACUUUAGACAUCCUGCAAGGUGUUUCACCAGACAGCAUUAUUGGCAUACGUACAAGUAUGCCAGCAGCAUCAGCGGCGACGUCUACAAUGACGCCAUCCACAAAGCCCAACGAUAUUCAACAUUUUAAACCAUUUGUGGAAAAUCUGCCAACAAUGACUACUUCAUUAACGAAAACACAAGCAGCACCACAAUCCCAAAAGCAUGUCACCAUUGCUGAGAUACAAAAACUCACCACUCACCCUCACUACGAUCAUAAUAAUAUGAUGCCUACUCCUGCUGCUUCGACUGGUAGUGCUGUUGGUACAACAUCAAUUUCGUUUACCUCCGUUUGCCCCUCGACGGCAUCAUCAUCGACAACAACAACAAUAGCAGCAGACCCAAACAGCUAUAUGAGUCUGCAAACACACUCAACACUCCUCCACCAACCACCCCCCAUUAUCAUGAUAACAUCCUCGUCCAUGGACCAUGGCGAAAGGACCCGAGACACAGGUGUCCUCGCUGAUAGACUGCAACAAAAUAGGACCGACAAUAUGAAAGAAACUUUCUCAUCGACUGCUACCGGUCCUGUUGAAACUGUGGACGUGUCAGUCGAAAAUAAAGCAACACAACAAAGAGUCCUGAUGGUUGGCGGCGAUGAUGGGGGGAAUGAUGGCAAUGAGUCCCUCUCCUCAUCGGAUGGGAUGCUCGAUAGAAUAUCUCAUGACCUGGAUUAUUUAUUAAAUCGAACAAACGAUGUUCCUCCUCCGCCUCCUUCUUCUCAUUCUUCUUCGACGACAACUCACAUUCACGUAGGUAGACCUUCCACAAUGUUGCCUUCCUCAUCGACAUCAACGACAUCUACAUCUACAUCGACAGCGACAUCGAUACCGCCAACAACGUCAAUGCCAGCACCACCAUCAAAUCUGACGUCGUUUUCGAUAUCAAAUGAAUGCGACAGUUGCGCUGUUUCCGAGGAAACUGACUUGGAAGCCCAUGAAGUUAUUAGCAUACCACCGCCACCCCUACCCCCAAGUGGCUCCAUUCCAAUAACAAUAUCCUCCUCGUCCUGUUCAACCCUCAGGACACGCAUCAGCAGCGUCCUCCACGAGGUAAUAAUGGAAGACGAUGCCGAACAGGAACACGAACAGGAGCUAGACUGAAUUUUUUUUUUUUUUUUUGUUUGCAUUCGAGUGGAAUAGGAAAAUUGUAAAAAUCAUCCAAGCCAGUUCAGUAACCAGAAUCCCAAAAACCCCUUAACCCUCCCAUCGUCGUCCUCGUCGAAGAAGGAAACAUGAACAACAACAAAAAAUUAUUAAAAUUCGUUCCCAAGGAAUCUCUAAACUAUAAUAUGAGCUGGGCCCUGAUGCUCCCUCAAAAAAAAACACCUCAUUCUCUCCACUCAAUGGACAACUCUAGAUACUAUAGAAAUUAUAUCAUUUUUAAUAGAAGAAAAAAAAACUGACACAAAUACAUCUACACUAAAUACAUCAGCAUUUAAAAAUAUAAAAACA